CCACACUCUGUUUUAACAGAAAACAGAUCCCCGACGAUAUAGACCUCAGACGCCCUUUCACUUCGGUGCACUCUGUUAUAUGCCAUCUUCAGCAUCCUAGUUCGACCCGACGCCAAGGCCGGCCUGUGCGCAUAACUGAGCUGUGAAGGGAAGCUUGGUUCGUUCUUAACGAAGGUUUACAACACGGAGUUGGGCGCUAUGGUGGCGUACUGUGUUGAUAACAUUAAACGUCACAGAGAGUAUGAGUGCUUGAUACGUUGAUUCUCAAACGGGACAUCACCCAGUUUUUAGUCAUCGUGCUCGCCGUCGGUCAAGAAAGACUUACGGGACAAAGCCGCUUUGACGCGACUCAAGCGAGAAAUCGAUUUUUCUUGAAGGCAUGUUGCUACCAACCUUGCGGGACCCAUGCGGUGCCGACUGGUGGGCGCAGAGAGGCGCAGGACUAACUCAAUGUAAGCUGCCAAGCGCUCACUGAAAAGGGCAGUUUGUAGGCUCUUAAAACACCUUUUUGACGAGCUGUGCAAGGGGCAUAGGGGAUAUAAUCCGAUGAGCGGUCUUGAAUGUCUCCCUUUCUGCUGCCUUCACUAAGCUUCGGCGGUCCCGAGUCCCGCGGUCCCGAGUCUUCAUGGCUCCUGGGGCACCGAAGUUCUUGUUUCUUCGUUUAAUCUUCGCGUUGAUCGUCAUUGAAGAAGCGUUAUCACAGAUUACGACAAAUGCUACAUGCGCAACCUCCACGAAAUGGCUGUUCAAUAGCAAAGGGCAGAGUCCAUGUCUGAUCGGUGCCUUCGUAAUGUCGACGUGUAGCAAUGGCACCUGGAGCGUAGUCUCCGUCAACACGAGCGCUACAGACGAGUAUCCUGGGCCAACGGAUCCUUCACAGCCUUACAUCCCCUGUGCGUGUAAUACUGUCGCCUACUCCCUCUUUAGUGCAUGCGGAUACUGCCAGGGAGCAUCCUACAUAUCAUGGCAAGACUGGAUAACAGCUUGCCCAGUCGUCUAUAAGCAGACAUUUCCAAGUCAAAUCCCUUCUAACACCGCUGUUCCUCAAUGGGCGUUCCUUGACGUAACUACAACGGGAAACUGGAAUGCUACGGCUGCCCAAGCGGCGGGUGACCUCCCAGAGAACAGCGCGACAUCAUUGCCCAGUGCCACGACCUCAUCGAAUCCCGACGCAACGAUGAACCUCUCACCAUCAAGCACCUUUCAGGUGUCACCCGACCCAACACCUGUAAGCCAUAGGGGUUUGAGCGUUGGCGCGAUCGCAGGCAUAGCCAUCGGAGGGGCGGCAGUCCUAACGGCGCUCGCGACCGCAUUCUUCAUUUGGAAUCGGCGGCGCGCCGGAUCUCGACAAGGCGUUGCUCCCUCUAGCGUCGACGUGUCACACACUGUCUCUCCAUGGUAUUCGUCGGACAGCGAUCCACGCACACCUCUGAAGUAUUAUGACCCCAACGACCCAACCACAUUUCCACCGUCCUUCGCAACGCUCGGCCACCUACGCGUUGGCCCAUCAGCGGGUAGCCCGUCUUCCGAUGGACCCACAGUAACGAGCUAUUCGUCCAGUAACGAUCGAAAUAGCAACCCCACGUAUUAG